AUGUCGACACUCGAGGAUCUUGAUGAUCUGGAGCGCGAUGGCAAGAAGGAGGAGAACAAUGAUGGCGACAAGAACAAGAAGAACGACGCCGGCGGAGAUGCGGAGAUGAAUGAUGGUGGUGAGAAGGCAGCCGAGGAGGAGGAACAGCUCAUCGACACGGAAAUCCUCAACAGCAGCACACGCGACAUCAUCGCCCGCCGCCGACUACUGGAGAACGACACGCGCAUCAUGCGGAGCGAAUACCAGCGAUUGACACAUGAGAAGACGACAAUGAAUGACCGAAUCAAGGACAACGUGGAUAAGAUUGACAACAACCGUCAACURCCCUAUCUCGUUGGAAAUGUAGUGGAGAUUCUCRACCUAGGUGUCGAGGCUGAAGCUGCAGAGGAGGGUGCCAACAUCGAUCUAGACGCUACACGUGUCGGCAAGAGCGCCGUCAUCAAGACAUCGACCCGCCAAACCAUCUUCCUCCCACUCAUUGGUCUUGUGGACCACGACAAACUCAAGCCUGGUGAUCUGAUUGGUGUGAAUAAGGAUUCAUACCUCAUUUUGGACACAUUGCCGGCAGAGUACGACAGCAGAGUCAAGGCCAUGGAGGUGGACGGGAAGCCAACGGAGAAGUACACCGAUGUGGGUGGUUUGGACAAGCAGAUUGAGGAACUCGUGGAGGCUGUUGUUUGGCCAAUGAAGGAGGCCGAGCGGUUCAAGAAGAUCGGCAUCAAGGCGCCUAAAGGCGCGCUCAUGUACGGACCUCCCGGAACCGGAAAGACCCUCCUUGCCCGAGCCUGCGCCGCCCAAACCGAAGCCACAUUCCUCAAACUCGCCGGACCGCAGCUUGUGCAAAUGUUCAUUGGCGACGGUGCCAAACUCGUCCGAGACUGCUUCGCACUGGCAAAAGAGAAGGCACCCUCCAUCAUCUUCAUUGAUGAGUUGGAUGCUGUGGGUACAAAGCGAUUCGAUUCUGACAAGUCUGGAGAUCGUGAAGUUCAGCGAACCAUGCUGGAACUGCUCAACCAGCUCGAUGGAUUUGCCUCGGAUGAUCGUGUCAAGGUUCUGGCCGCAACAAACAGAGUAGAUGUCUUGGAUCCUGCACUUCUACGAUCAGGGCGUCUGGACCGAAAGAUCGAGUUCCCACUUCCCAACGAGGAGGCGAGAGCGCAGAUUUUGAGAAUUCACAGCAGAAAGAUGACGGUUGAUGAGGGAGUGAACUGGCCCGAAUUGGCAAGAUCUACAGACGAGUUUGGUGGUGCGCAGUUGAAGGCGGUCUGUGUCGAGGCCGGUAUGAUCGCGUUGAGAAAUGGACACAGCAAGAUCUCUCACGAGCACUAUGUGGAUGCCAUUGCUGAAGUGCAGGCGAAGAAGAAGGACACUGUCAACUUCUACGCAUAA